CGAACCUUGAUAGAAAGAUAUAAAUAGUCAAAAUUAUAUUACCUAUAAUACUAGUCAGUUCAGUUGAGUACUUGAUAAUUGGUCUACAUAUCCUCAUUACCUCAUAUCUGUCAUCAGUAGCUAUGGUAGCAGUCGCAAACAUGAGUGGCCAACAACAAGAUCUUUUCGAGAAAGAGAAGAAUGAUCCGGCAAUGAUCGCAUAUCUUAAAGCUCUGGGUAUCGACCCGGACUACAAGCCCCCCACGAACGACGAUCGCCGUGUAGUGAUCCAAAAGCUCGAGAUCGUCUUCAAGGACGGGCACGAGUCUGCUGUGCUCGAAGUAGAGACGCCAGAACAACAAGCAGCGGCAAAGAAAAAGCCCAUGGUGAUUAAAGAGGGAUCCGAAUACAAAAUUCGUGUCACCUUCCGAGUACAACACACACUAGUAGCCGGACUUAAAAUCAUAAGUGUUGUAAAGAAGAUGGGUGCCGAGCUUAAUAAGGAAGAGGAGAUGUUAGGGUCAUACCCUCCCAAGAAUGAGUUUGCUUCUGUGGAUAUUGGAGGCGGUGAUUUUAUGGAGGCUCCCAAGGGCGCGUUUAGUCGCGGUGAAUACAAAGCACACAUGAAGUUCAUGGACGACGACAAGGCCUGUCAUCUGGAUUUCGAAUACACGAUUAAGAUCUCUAAAGACUGGUGAUUAGUAUUCACUAUCCAAAGAGAAAGAUUUCAUAUCUGAAUCAGAAUAAACAGAAUUGCAUUUAUUGACAACCUCAGUUAUCUGGAAUGGUUAGGUUCAAUCCAGAAACAGUCGUUCGAGCAAUCGGAAGAGAGUAUGUCGCAUAAACC